AUGACGAACAAAAAGAAUUGUACUAUUUUUACAUUAUAUAGUCCUUAUAAGAAACGGAAGAGAAAAUUAUAUUAUAUGUCAUUUAAAUUUGUUUAUUUAAGUUUAUAUAUCGUUGUAUUUUAUUAUGUAUUUCUAAAUAAUUCCUUAGAAAAUAGCAGUUUAGAAAUAGCUAAAAAUUGUAAUGUAUAUAUACGCAAUUUAGUUGAGGCAGAAAGAAAUUUUAAAGGUUCAAAAAGGAAACAAAAUUCAAAACUUAAAAAAGAAGAUAUGAGUAAAACAAAAUCCAGUGAAAAUAAUAAUAAAUGUGAUGAACAAAAGAUAGAGGAAAAUAAACAUAGUACUAAUAAUGAUAAUGAGAAUAAUCAUGUGGAAAAUAAAAGUAAUAUUUCAAUAAGUAAUAUAAAUUAUAAUGAUAUUUCAAAAAGGUUGUCAGAAAAGGAAUUAUUUGAAGUACUAAAUUCAUUUGAAGAAUGUCCAUCAAAUGACGAUCUUAGAUAUAUCUGGUCUCACACAAUGGGUGUUGCAAAAGAAGUUUUGGAUCAUGUAUUCAAAGAGUCAAAGGCAUCAAUACAAAAAUAUUUAGAUAAUGAUAUUCUCAAAAGUACUGAUGCAUAUGGUUUUAAAUUCUUUGUAUAUGAUGAAAUGUGGAAGGAAUAUAUUUACAGAUUUUCUAAAGAAGUAGCAAUUGAAGAAGUAGAAUACACUAAUAAGUUUUUUAGUUUAAUUAAAGAUAAACAUACAUAUGAUGAUAUAUUAAAAUUUAUUUAUUCAUUCUUAGAAAAUUUUAAGACUGUAAUAAAUGAAUUACUCAAAAGUACUGAUGCAUAUGGUUUUAAAUUCUUUGUAUAUGAUGAAAUGUGGAAGGAAUAUAUUUACAGAUUUUCUAAAGAAGUAGCAAUUGAAGAAGUAGAAUACACUAAUAAGUUUUUUAGUUUAAUUAAAGAUAAACAUACAUAUGAUGAUAUAUUAAAAUUUAUUUAUUCAUUCUUAGAAAAUUUUAAGACUGUAAUAAAUGAAUUAAAUAAAAAACAUCAUAAGGAGCUCUUAGAAACUGUUGCCAAACACGUGAAUAAGAAAAGAUAA